AUGUAUCUUUGUUCAAAUGAGCCAGUGGACAUUGAUGAUAUUGUAGCCUACAGUGGCAAUCUCUUGUGUGAGCUACCUGAGAAUUACAGUGAGGUGGACACUAGGAGAAAAAGUGCCUUGUUUGGAGGUAUGGUGAAGUGGAUCUUAUGGAAUUUGGUCUCAUUCCUCCUGUGCUGGACUUUUGUUGACGCACAGGGUGGAUCUGAGGAGAGCCUGACAGCAGAGGAGCAGAUGUACAUUCUUUAUGACAUUAAACUCCAGUGCCACCAGAAUCUCUCCUCCCGCAACCCAGCCGAUGACCUCUGCCCCCCUGGUUGGGAUGGCCUAAUCUGCUGGCCACAGGGUUACCCAGGAGCUGUCACCAAGGUCCUCUGCCCCAGCUACAUCUUCGACUUCAACCACAAAGGUCAUGCCUACAGGAAGUGUGACAUCAAUGGGUCGUGGGUGUUUGUGGAGAACCUGAACAGGACGUGGCCUAACUACUCAGAGUGUUUGGGCCCUGGGUUCUUGAAGCCAAGCAACGAGAGGGGGAAACAGGACUUCUUUGAGCGUCUGUAUGUCAUGUACACCGUAGGCUACGCUGUGUCCUUCAGCUCUCUACUAGUGGCUAUCUUCAUCAUCGGAUAUUUUAGGCGUCUCCACUGUACCAGGAACUACAUCCACAUCCACCUGUUUGUCUCCUUCAUGCUCCGAGCUGUCAGCAUCUUCGUCAAAGACCGGGUGGUGCACACCAGCGCCGGCCUGCAGGAGUUUGAUGCUGUGCUCAUGGAUAACUUCAAGACUGUGGCCAUGGCUCCGCUGGAUAACUCUCAGUAUAUUGGGUGUAAAGUGACAGUGUUGCUGUUCAUCUACUUCCUGGCCACUAAUUACUACUGGAUCCUGGUAGAGGGUCUGUACCUCCACAGCCUCAUCUUCAUGGCCUUCCUCUCAGACACCAAGUACCUGUGGGGCUUCACCCUUAUCGGAUGGGGUGUUCCAGCUCUGUUCGUGGCAGCAUGGGCAGUUGUCCGGGCAACACUAGCAGACGGAAGGUGCUGGGAGUUAAGUGCUGGGAACAUUAAGUGGAUAUACCAAGUCCCCAUUCUGACAGCCAUUGGGCUGAAUUUUAUCCUUUUUGUGAACAUUGUGCGAGUGCUGGCAGCAAAGAUCAGGGAGACCAACGCAGGGAGAUACGACACAAGAAAACAGUACAGGAAGUUGGCUAAGUCCACCCUGGUGCUGGUGCUGGUGUUUGGGGUCCACUACAUUGUGUUUGUGGGGAUGCCUCACACCUUCCAGGGCCUCAGCUGGGAGGUCAGGAUGUACUUCGAGCUCUUCUUCAACUCCUUCCAGGGCUUCUUUGUAUCCAUCAUCUACUGCUACUGCAAUGGAGAGGUCCAAACGGAGAUAAAAAAUACAUGGACUCGUUGGAACCUUGCGUUGGACUGGAAGGUUCCGGUGGUGUGUAGCCGUUACCGCUACGGCUCAGUGCUCACUGGGCUCAACAACAGCUCCAGCAGCCAGUCUCAGCUGGCUGGGGGCGGGCCCGCCAUCCGCUCAACCACCCUCUUCUCCAGCCGUGUCUAUCGUAGCAACGGACCCCCGACGCUGUCCACCCACACCACCCUGCCUGGCUACGUCAUCAGUAACUCAGACCCAGACAGCGUCCACCCCUCCAUCCCUGAGGAACCAGAGGAGAACAGUGCCAAGCAGGUGGAUGACAUCUCUCUGAAGGAGACGAUGCCUGUCCUCAAUAAUAGUACGACCGCAGAUGAUGAUGAGGAGACGUUGUAGACAUGGGGAGAGACGGGAGGUUUUUCUGAAUGUGACUGAGCUGGGAAAAACAACAGGCCUUUGGGAUAGAGACCAAAGACUACUGGCCCCUAGACAUGGGACCACAUGUACAUUCAUACAGAUUAUUGGCACAGGUAGAUACAUACAUGUAAAGACACACACACACACAAACCACAUAAAAAACGGACAAAUAAGAAAAGAUACGUCUCAUCUUUGUACAUACUCACAGACUGCCCUUUUGUAGCCAAUUGAUUGACAUUUUUGGCCAAAAAAAGUAUUGCUUUGUCUAUAAAGAAUUUUUAUUUUUUAUUUUAUUUCACCUUUAUUUAACCAGGUAAGCUAGUUGAGAACAAGUUCUCAUUUGCACCUACGACCUGGCCAAGAUAAAGCAUAGAAGUUUGACACAUACAACAACACAGAAUUACACAUGGAAUGAACAAAACAUACAGUCAAUAAUACAGUAGAAAAAAAAGAAAAAAAGUCUAUAUACAGUGAGUGCAAAUAAGGUCAAAUAAGGGAGUUAAGGUGGCGAAGGAAUUAUAAUAUAGCAAUUAAACACUGGAAUGGUAGAUGUGCAAAAGAUGAAUGUGCAAGUAGAGGUACUGUGGUGCAAAAGGAGCAAAAUAAAUAAAUACAGUAUGGGAAUGAGGUAGAUAGAUGGGCUGUAUACAGAUGGGCUAUGAACAGGUGCAGUGAUCUGUGAGCUGCUCUGACAGCUGGUUCUUAAAGCUAGUGAGGGAGAUGGGAAUCUCCAGCUUCAGUGAUUUUUGCAGUUCGUUCCAGUCAGUGGCAGCAGAGAACUGGAAGGAAAGGCGACCAAAGGAGGAAUUGGCUUUGGGGGUGACCAGUGAGAUAUACCUGCUGGAGCGUGUGCUAC